ACAAGAAUUCGCAGGCCUGCCAAUUUAUACUGGCUCCCUUCCAAGCUCCUAGACAAUAGACAUGGCCAUUCUCCUUUCAUGGUCACUAACCAUUUGUUCUCUUAGUUUCUUCCUUGCCAUUUUCUUGUUUCCUACAAUUUUCACUGCAUCGGAAACUCCACUGAGCUUCAACUUUCCCAACUUUGAUUCAAAUCAUCCUGAAAUUUACACGGAAAAAGACGCCACUGUCAGCAGUGUGGGUAUUGAACUCACCAGAAACCAGCGAGAUUUGGAUCAAGGUGGAAGUAUUGGUCGAGCCACGUACGUGCAGCCACUGCAUCUCUGGGACAUUCAAUCAGGGGCUCUCACCAAUUUCACAACCCAUUUCUCUUUCAUUAUAAACUCAGGCGGCAACUCCAACUACGGUGAUGGGUUAGCUUUUUUCCUGGCUCCUAAUGGAUCGAGACUUCCUCUUGACGUGGUUUGUGGUGGAGGUCUUGGGCUAGCCAUUAAUGAUAAUUCUAGUCAUGCAUUGAACUACACAGAAAAUCAUUUCGUUGCUGUGGAGUUUGAUACGUAUCAUAAUGUUUGGGAUCCUCAUUACACAGAUGAUCAUGUGGGUAUCAAUGUCAGGUCUAUGAAAUCUGUUGAAGCAGUUCGAUGGCAAAGCAGUGUGGAGGAAGGGAACACAACAGAUGUCUGGAUUAGCUAUGAUUCAAGAAACAAAAUCUUGUAUGUCACAUAUUCUUUCAUUGAUUAUGACAAUUCAAUUCUGCAAAAUACUCUAUCAGCAGAUGUGGAUAUGGCUAAGCAUUUGCCUGAAUGGGUUACUUUUGGCUUCUCUGCAAGUACUGGACUUUCAUAUGAAAUAAACAGAAUUUUAUCAUGGGAUUUCAAUUCAAGCUCAGAAUCUGCAGUCGUCAGUACACCUCCGCCGUCACACCCUGUAAGUGCACCGGCGAAUAUUGAACCUGCACCAGCUCCAAAUCCUGACGAAAGCAGAAACUCUAAAACGAAAAUUUUGGUAGGCUUCACAGUGGCAGGAUUCUCUUUGAUCAUUAUCACAGUAGGCUUCUUCUUGUAUCUACUAAGGAAAAAGAAGAAGGGAAAGAGAGGGAAAGAAGUGAAAACGAUUGAUCCUGUCUUCAGUGUUUCCUUCGAUGAUGAUUUCAAGAGUGACACAGGACCAAGAAAUUUUUCUUACAAGGAAUUGGCUAAUGCAACAAGUAAUUUCUCUGAGGCAGCGUUGCUUGGUGAAGGAGGAUUUGGUGCAGUCUAUAGUGGUUUUCUGAAAGAACUCAACUGCUAUGUUGCUGUUAAGAGGGUAUCAAGAAGAUCAAAACAAGGAAUCAAAGAAUUUGCAGCAGAAGUGAAGAUCAUCAGCCGAAUGAGGCAUAGAAAUUUAGUGAAGCUUAUUGGUUGGUGCCAUGAAAAAGAACUCCUACUUGCAUAUGAGUUCAUGCACAAUGGCAGCCUAGAUUGUCACCUUUUCAAAGGCAAAAGCUUGCUGACAUGGGAAGUGAGAUACAGAAUCGCACAAGGGUUGGCGUCUGCAUUACUCUAUCUACACGAAGAAGGUGAUCAAUGUGUCCUUCACAGGGAUAUCAAAUCAAGCAACAUCAUGUUGGAUUCAAAUUUCAAUGCAAAGCUUGGAGAUUUUGGGUUAGCUAGACUUGUAGACCAUGGUAAAGGAUUUCAGACCACAGUUUUAGCAGGAACCAUGGGCUACAUGGCUCCUGAAUGUUUCACAACUGGAAAAGCUAGCAAAGAAUCAGAUAUUUACAGUUUUGGAGUUGUUGCUUUGGAAAUAGCUUGUGGAAGAAGAGCUGUUGAAUCAGGACUCCAAGAAAAUCGAACAAGAAUAGUAGAGUGGGUUUGGGAACUGUAUGGAAUUGGACAACUUCUUCAAGCUGCUGAUCCUAAACUAUGCAGAAAUUUUCAUGAACAAGAAAUGGAAAGAUUGAUGGUUGUGGGACUGUGGUGUGUGCAUCCUGACCAGACAUUUCGGCCGCCGAUAAGGCAGGUGAUAAAUGUGCUGCUAAGUUCUGAGGCUCCCUUGCCAAUCCUUCCACCAGAAAUGCCUGUGGCUGCUUAUCUUGCUCCAUUGAAAUUUUCUAUAUCAUCCCUCCUCUCAUACCAUUGCUCUAUCUCUACAAGCAAUACUGGAGAGCCAACCUACAGAAUUGGUUGACCAUCAUCUGAUUUCUUGCAUUGUUCUUGUUGAACAUUUGAUAAGUUAAAUGCAUUGUGUAUAUAUAAUCAAUAAGCAUUUGUAGGAAUCAGAUUUUGAAUUAAACCAUAAGGCUGUGAAUUGUAAAUGCCACCCACCUGGGAAUUUUGUUUGGAUUAUGAUCAUUUCUUUGCCUGCAUUUGGGUUUUGUAUUGAUCAUUUGGAAUAUAUCUUGGAAC